CAACACUUUUUAGUCGUGAUUCGAAGUGGGGGAGCUCAAGAGGGAAAAUUCGAUAUUCGCCAGACCGGAUCGACUCACGCUCAAACACACACCUCUCUGGCAGCAAAUCGUGGUCGACGACCGCACAGUCAUGGCUCCCCCUGCGCCCGUCUACGUGCUCUCCGCCGCCCGAACACCCGUGGGCAUGUUCAUGGGCUCGCUCUCCUCUCAAACCGCCAUUCAACUCGGCUCGCACGCAAUCAAAGCGGCCGUCGAACGUGCUGGAAUCAAAGCUGAAGAUGUAGACGAGGUCUUCUUCGGCAACGUCCUCUCCGCCAAUCUCGGACAGAACCCCGCAAGGCAGUGUGCGAUCAAGGCUGGCCUACCCGAAUCCACCGUCGCCACCAGCAUCAACAAAGUCUGCGCCAGCUCCGUCAAAGCCAUGGCUCUCGCUGCCCAGUCCAUCAUCUGCGGCACCGCCGAUGUCAUCGUAGCUGGUGGAGCGGAAUCCAUGAGCAACUCCCCGCAUUACUUGCCCACAUUGCGAGCCGGCGCCAAGUUUGGAGAUCAGAAACUCGUCGAUUCGUGUCUACGAGACGGACUGUCCGACGCCUACUCUGGCGAGCACAUGGGUCUCCAGGGAGAGGAAUGUGCAGACGAUCACGGCUUCGGACGCGAGGACCAAGACAAGUACUGUAUCAUGUCGUACAAGCGAGCCCUUCAAGCCGAGAAGUCCGGGUACUUCAAGGAGGAGAUUGCUCCCUUUAUCAUUCCGGGCGCCAGAGGCAAGGAAGACACAGUGGUCGACCGAGACGAUGAGCCAAAGAAUUUCAACGAAGAAAAGACCAAGUCCCUCAAGCCGGCUUUCAAGAAAGAAGGGGGAACUGUCACUCCCGCCAACGCCUCUCCCUUGAGCGAUGGUGCAGCGGCUCUCGUCCUUGCAAGCGAAGACUUUGUCAAGAAGCAUCAAUUGAAGCCAAUUGCGAAGAUUCUUGGAUGGGGUGACGCCGAGAAGGCCCCAUCCAAAUUCACCACUGCCCCCGCUCUGGCCAUUCCCAAGGCUCUGAAGCAUGCGGGCAUCAAGUCGGACGACGUUGACGCGUUCGAGAUCAAUGAGGCCUUCGCCGUUGUCGCCCUGGCCAACAUGAAGCUCCUCAAUCUGAAAGACGACAAGGUCAAUCUUCACGGUGGUGCGGUGGCGUUGGGCCAUCCUCUUGGCGCCUCAGGUGCACGCAUCGUCACGACACUGUUGGGCGUGCUGAGGGCGAAGAAUGGCAAGAUUGGAUGUGCGGGCAUCUGCAAUGGAGGCGGUGGUGCGUCGGCGAUUGUGCUCGAGAGGCUCGAUACGGAAGGCAGUGCGAAUGGCGUCAACGGCAGCUCGUGAGGACUAGGACGAAACGGCCUGAAAGCAGACUGACUGAAUUCGAGCGAGGAUAUCACUUGUGCAUUAGGCUACGUCGUGAAGUGUGGACAAGCUCUGAGUCAAUUUGUCGAUUCAAAAGCAGUUACGAAAGGCAC